AUGGCUGAAGCGCAGACCAUUCCGACCUUCAAGCUGGUCCUUGUUGGUGAUGGUGGUACCGGAAAGACCACCUUCGUCAAGCGCCAUUUGACCGGUGAAUUCGAGAAGAAGUACAUGGCCACCCUCGGCGUUGAGGUUCACCCUCUUGCCUUCACCACCAACUACGGUCAGAUCCAGUUCGACGUCUGGGAUACCGCCGGUCAGGAGAAGUUCGGUGGUCUCCGUGAUGGUUACUACAUCAACGGCCAAUGCGGCAUCAUCAUGUUUGACGUCACUUCCCGCAUCACCUACAAGAACGUUCCCAACUGGCACCGUGAUCUUACCCGUGUCUGCGAGAACAUCCCCAUCGUUCUCUGCGGCAACAAGGUCGAUGUCAAGGAGCGCAAGGUGAAGGCCAAGACCAUCACUUUCCACCGGAAAAAGAACCUCCAGUACUAUGAUAUUUCCGCCAAGUCCAACUACAACUUCGAGAAGCCCUUCCUCUGGCUCGCCCGCAAGCUUGUUGGCAACCCCGGCCUUGAGUUUGUCGCCGCCCCCGCGCUUGCCCCCGCUGAGGUCCAGGUCGAUCAGGCUCUCCUUGCCCAGUACGAGGCCGAGCUUAACCAGGCCGCCGACGAGCCCCUUCCCGACGAUGAUGAUGACCUUUGA